AGUUUUGAAAUCUACAGCAUUUCUCUCAGAUUUGGGAAGAUGGCUGAUUUGGAGGCAGACGGGGACAGAUCAGAGUCUCCAGUGUCCAGCUGUCAGCUGUCUUUGAAGAGUGACAACAGUAAAGAUGAUCCUCUAGACUUCAGUAAUGAAGCUGGACCCUCAGACACAAAACAGAGAGCAGAGUCUCCAGUGCCCAGCUGUCUGUCUAUGAAGAGUGACUGGUCCAGAGAUGAGCCUCUAUGGUUCAGUAAUGAACCUGGACCCUCAGACACAAAAGAGAAGAAGAGGAGUCAUGUUUCUGUGGAGGAGCAGCCGUCCUGCUGUAGUUUGUGUCAGGACGUCCUGAAGGAUCCAGUCUCUACCAGCUGUGGACACUGGUUCUGCAGACAGUGCAUCAGCUCAUACUGGGACCAGUCUGCUUCAUCAGGAGACUCCUCCUGUCCCCAGUGUGGAGAAAGAUCCAGAACAAGAGCUGGACUGCAGACAGCCAGUCAGACCAGCACUGUACAAACAGACAGUGGUCUGCAGGAGGUUUUAGAUGAACAUAAGAUCAGUGUGAGGAGGAGAUGUGAACGUGUGACUGAAGGAAGUGAUGAAACAGGAAGUGAAACCCUCCUCAACAGGAUCUACACUGAGCUCUACAUCACAGAGGGACAGAGUGAAGAGGUUAAUACCCAACAUGAGGUGAAGCAGCUUGAGAGAGCUUCUAAGAUGAAGACCCUCCAUGAAACUCCAAUCAAGUGUCAGCACAUCUUUAAAGCCUUACCUGACCAACAGAAACACAUCAGAGUGGUUCUGACCAACGGCGUCGCUGGUGUUGGAAAAACCUUCACAGUGCAGAAGUUCACUCUGGACUGGGCCGAGGGUUUGGAAAACCAAGAUGUCAGUCUGGUGAUUCUGCUUUCGUUCAGGGAGCUGAACUUGAUCAGAGAUGAGAAGUUCAGUCUUCUCACUCUGCUCCGUGUUUUCCAUCCAACAUUACAGAAGGUCACAGCAGAGGAGCUCGCUGUCUGUAAAGUUCUGUUCAUCUUUGACGGCCUGGAUGAAAGCAGACUGGCUCUGGAUUUCCACAACAAUGAGGUUGUGACUGAUGUCACACAGAAGUCAUCAGUCAACGUGCUGUUGACAAACCUCAUCAAGGGGAAGCUGCUUCCCUCGGCUCUGGUCUGGAUAACUUCCCGACCUGCAGCAGCCAAUCAGAUCCCUCCUGCAUGUGUUGACAGGGUAACAGAAGUACGAGGCUUCACUGACGCCCAGAAGGAGGAGUACUUCAGGAGGAGAGUCAGUGAUGAAGAGCGGUCCAGCAGAAUCAUCUCACACAUGAAGACAUCCAGGAGCCUCCACAUCAUGUGUCUAAUCCCAGUCUUCUGCUGGAUCACUGCUACAGUUCUGGAUCACAUGUUGACUACAGAGCAGAGAGGAGAGCUGCCCAAGACCCUGACUGACCUGUACUCACACUUCCUGCUGGUUCAGACAAAGAGGAAGAAGCACAAGUAUGAUGAGGGACAUGAGACCAGUCCACAGGAGCUGACGGAGGCUGACAGGGACGUUCUUCUGAAGCUGGGGAGGCUGGCGUUUGAACAUCUGGAGAAAGGAAACAUCAUGUUCUACCAAGAAGACCUGGAGCGCUGUGGUCUUGAUGUCACAGAGGCCUCGGUGUACUCAGGAGUUUGUACAGAGAUCUUCAAAAGAGAGUCUGUGAUCUUCCAGAAAACAGUCUACUGCUUCGUUCAUCUGAGCGUUCAGGAGUUUCUGGCUGCAGUCUACCUGUUCCACUGUUUCACCAACAGGAACACAAAGGUACUGGAGGACUUCCUGGGGACAGACGAGGAUAAUUACAGAUCCCUGGAUGUCUUCUUACAGAGAGCCAUGGAGAAAUCCCUCCAAAGUAAAAAUGGUCACCUGGAUCUGUUUGUCCGCUUCCUUCAUGGCCUCUCUCUGGAGUCCAACCAGAGACUGUUAGGAGGCCUUUUGGGUCGGACAGACAACAGUCCAGAAAUCAUCCAGAGAGCCAUCAACAACCUGAAGAAGAUGAACACAAACAAGAUCUCUCCUGACAGAAGCAUCAACAUCUUCCACUGUCUGCUGGAGAUGAACGACCUCUCAGUACAUCAGGAGAUCCAAGAGUUCCUGAAGUCAGAGAACAGAUCAAAGAAGAAACUCUCAGAGAUCCACUGCUCAGCUCUGGCCUACAUGCUGCAGAUGUCAGAGGAGGUUCUGGAUGAGUUGGACCUGGAGAAAUACAACACAACAUACAAGGGACGACUGAGACUGAUUCCAGCUGUGAGGAACUGCAGAAAGGCUCGAUUUACUUCAUGUAGACUCUCAGAGACUCACUGUGAAGUCGUUGCCUCAGCUCUGAAGUCCAACCCCUCCCAUCUGAGAGAGCUGGACCUGAGUGGAAACAUCAUCCUGCAGGAUUCAGGAGUGAAGCAGCUGUGUGCUGGACUGGAGAGUCCAAACUGUAGACUGGAGACUCUGAGACUGAGGAGCUGCAGUUUGUCAGAGAUCAGCUGUGUUUCACUGGCCUCAGCUCUGAAGUCCAACCCCUCCCAUCUGAGAGAGCUGGACCUGAAUGACAACGACAACCUGCAGGAUUCAGGAGUGAAGCAGCUGUGUGAUUUUCUGGAGAGUCCACACUGUAAACUGGAGACUCUGAGACUGAGGGGCUGCAGUUUGUCAGAGAUCAGCUGUGUUUCUCUGGCCUCACCUCUGAAGUCCAACCCCUCCCAUCUGAGAGAGCUGGACCUGAGUAACAACAACCUGCAGGAUUCAGAUGUGAAGCUGCUGUGUGAUCUGAAGGAGAGUCCACACUGUAAACUGGAGACUCUGAGAUGGAAGUGAUCAGAGGAUCAGCUGUGUCCUGAUGAUCCAGAGACGUUGAAGCAGCAGCAUCAGUUCUGUGUGUGUGUGUGUGUGUGUGUGUGUGUGUGUGUGUGUG